GUUAAACCGGAUUCGCCAUUCUGAGAAAAGUGGUGCUGGUGCAGAAGAUGUUGAACUUUCGCUAUGGUAUUCCGAAAAUAUGAGGUUUCUCAUAACUCAUGAAACACCUACUACUUCAAUCAGCACGAUGUAUAUAUGUGACGAUGUUCAACCACAAAGAGGAUAGUGCCGAUGUAAAUGAAACCAGCGGCUCCACAGCCAAUGCACCUCGUCAAAAUAACAGAAAACGUAAAGCUCUAGAUCCCACUGAGGAAUUGGUGAAAUUGGCUUCCAAACGCCUUCAAGAACCACAAGACGACAGCGACGAAAUUGCUGCAGCUUGGGCAGUCGAACUCCAAAAAAUGGAUCCACAACAACAAUUUAUUGUUUGCGAAGAAAGCGAUCAGUGAUAUUCUAUUUGAGGGACAAAUGGGGACCUUACAUCGUCAUUCGGUGGAAAUCAACGUCGCACGUGUGUCCAGGCAGUAUAGUGUUCCGUCCCUCAUUCACUCCAUCAGAAUUAUUUAGAAGACCCCCUCCACGCAAGACACGGGUACAUAUUUUGCUACUUUUCGGUAGGUGAGUGACUUUCCAAAUUAAUGUAGGUUUGAAGGUAUACGUUCUGAAUAAUGUAAAUCAUUGUUCUAGCCAAUGUAUGACAAUAUUUUGAUUGUUUAAAUAAAGAUUUCA